AUGGACAGAAACGAUGAUGAAAUGAAUUUAGAUGAUAAUUCUAAUAACAAUCAGUUCAAAGAUGACGAUGAGAAUUAUGUAAAGAGUGAGAAUGAAAUAAAAAUAACAAAAGACAUCAUAUUAGUUCAUAUUGAAAAAACAUAGAAAAAGAUUACAGAAUUGAUACCUGAUUAUGAUAUAAGCUAGUUUUUGAAUAGUAAUAAUGAAAUUGUUUUAGGAGAGUUGAUUUCUUCUCUCAAAGAAACAGGUUUCCCUAUUGAUUAGAAUAUGGUACAUUAUUGGUGUCCUGAAGCAGAGAUGUUUAUUUACUGUGGAUUUGAUCCUUUACCUGAUGAUAUUACUAUCCCAUUAGAAGACUAUUAAAAUUAUAAUGAAAUUAAAAUUAAAUGCAAAGAAAACCCAAUUAGCUUAAUUCAUCAAAUAAUGAGUGAAGAGACAAAUGAAAUGAAUAACAAUAAGUAAAAAGAUGGAAAUACAUAGGAGAAAAAAGAGGCUAAAAAUAACUGUAGAAGAACUAAAGAAAGAAAAAUAGGAUUCAUUAUUGAAAAGGUAGUUUAAUGGAGAAAUUACUAUAAUGGUGUUCCAGAUGCUUCAGGAAAGGUAAACAGGUUAUCUCUAGAAGAAGCAGCAAAUAAAGUGUAAAUAUCAAAAAAAUCUCUUGAUGACUAUCUUCUUCAGAUAAGAUUUGGAAGGAAGUAUCAAUUUAAUUUCAAUGAGCAUAAAAAUGACAAGGUCGGAAUCUUAAGAGCAUUUGUUAAAAAGCACAAGCAACAAUAAAACCAAGAUAAACCUAAAAAAAGAAAAGAAAAGAAAGGAGAUGCAAAUGGAAUUUAGUCAAAAAAAGAAGAGGAAGAAAAAAAUUGA